AUGACGAGGAGAUCACAGUUUUUGCUGCAAUACCUCCACCAGGGUGUGAACACGACAUUCCCAGCCGUUCUAGAAAUGCGUACCGGUAGCGAAAUAGGCUCUCCUCUCCAGCUUAUUCUAACAAGUCCAAACGACCUUAUGUUCUACUUCUACUGCAACAUCACCGAUCAAAUGCUGAAAACUAUGUGUGAUACCCUAUUAAUAGAUACACAAAUGGUGGCGACCUUCGAUACAUAUCUGUUUCCACUGCUUGACAAUCUUUCAGACAAGCGCACGGUUUGCUUAGAAGAUGAUGAUAAACGGACAGGCUUUAUAUUCACAGUACAUGAUAAGCUGGAUUUCCAAAGGUUUUACCGGCUCCGGUUACCAUUCGAGCGCGCAUCAGACAGAAGUCUCGCAGAAUACCUCUCCGAGCUGCUUUCAGAAUCCCAGAAACUCGCUACAGCCCAAGCGGCUGAGAUCACAACACUGAGAACCCAAAGCGAUAAGGAUUCAAAAACGCUCUCUGAUCGUAUUGUACUCUCACAGCAAGAUCUGCAACGUAAAGCUGAAGAAUUUAAUGCUCUAUCUCUAAACUACAACAAACAGGCUAAAGACUUGGAGGUUAUGACUGUUAACUUCAAUACUUUGCAAGAAUCAUCCACACGCGAAAUAGCAUCUUUGACUGCCAAUGUGAAGUCUCUGCAGUCUCAAGUGUUUACAUUAGAGCAAAAGAAACUAGACUUAGAGAGGGAAUUGAGCUCUACCCUCUCUGAUCUGACCUUAGCUCGAUCAAAUCUUGAGCUCACGCGUGAAAGCCUUACGUCGCGCGAAAGAGAAUGUGAAAAGCUCCGUCUAGAGUGCAAACAUCUUAGCGAUUUGGAGCGCCAGCUGGAGCGUGGGAAACAAGAUCUUGCCCUCCAAUUGACCAGUCUGACAGAGCGUAGCAACAAUACAAUUAUGGCACAGACAUCUCAAUUAGAUCAUCUUAAAGCGCAGAACAAAGAGUUGGUGCAAAACAUCGAUGAGCUGAAAGAGGCUGCGGCUGCUCUCAGUGCUGAGUGCGACCAGUUGGGACUCAAGUACAACUCAACUCUUUCAGAAAGAAAUCAGCUUGAAAGUAAGUUAGGUGAGGUCGUGGAAUCAUUAAGUUUUAAGACAGAACAAGUGUCUAGUCUCAUGGAACGCGUGGCGGAGCUCUCACAGGCAAAUGGAGCAUUGGAGGCUAAGAUAUCUAGUGACGCACAAAAGCUCGGGAAGCUCUCCACCGCUCUUCAAACAGCACAUAAUCAGAAAACGCAGGCUGAGGCCAAAGUCAAGGAGCUUGCUGCUACUAUUGCAUCCCAAAAAGCGAUGAUAGAUAAUUUAACCAACCUUAAAGGAAACGAGCUCUUAGCCGAAGUUCAAGAUGGGCAUGCUCCUGUAUCGCGGAAGGAUGUUCUCAAGAAACCAGCAGCACUGCUACCACAACACUUUGAAGUACUAGAUUUGGCGCCCAUGCUUCAGCGGAAUGUCACACGUGGAAAACCUCAGUCUGGCCAAAGCAGCGAAUUGACCCUAUCUCCACCGCGUCCACCACAUGGAGCCUGCGAUGGAGCUUCGUUUUCCAGCUCUGAUGCGCUCUCUCAGGACACCCAAAGUUUGCUCAACAAAUUUGGAAACUUGCGAGCCCGAACUGAAAAUAAGCAGCCUCGUAUUGCUGCGGAUUCUCUGACAGUAGCCCCGCCAAUAGCUUCUGGUCAACUUCAGCAAUCCUCUGCGAUAUCUGUCGUGGGAUUCGUAAGCAAGCGAGAUAGCCCUCCGGCGUCAAAGAGUAAUCUCUCUCAGCCCGAAAUUUCCACGUCUGGAGAUCAGUAUGCACGAGCGUAUAUGAACUUCAUGAAUAAUAUCGACUAG